AUGGAAUUAAAUAGAACGCGCAAAGGGCCGCUGCCUGGAGGUCGCCAGGUCGCGUCUGGAGCUGGCGCUGGACACCACAGCAUGCGAACCGACAGCCGAGCGCGAGGUGCUGCACGACCACCCAGCACCCCCUCGCAUCCAUCAUCCCCACCAGCUGGCUUGGUGUCGGCAGUUGAUUCAGACGAUGAUGGAACAGUCGUCCAGGAACUGGAACUAGAGCAAAUGUGGAGUACAUUGGAAGAGGCGAUUGUGGAAACGCGAAGUACGCCUCUCAAAAAUCGACCGCGACUUCCCCGCUUAGCCCUAAGCAAGCGGGAUCGGGCUGUCGUGAGGGCUCUGAACCCAAUGCUGGUUACCUAUUUGGAAGCCAGCCGAGACCUUUGCGAGACGGACUCAAUUCUUUUUGGCGCCGCACUGGCAGUCUGCCGUAUUAUAGGCGCCAAACUUUCCACGGCUGGACGCGCUACUGGACAAAGUAGUGCUAUCCCAACCUGGAGAAUAAGAAUUGAAGAACGUAUCGCAAAGACUAGGGCCCUCAUCAGCAGACUGAUAUGCUUCAGGUCAGGCAAUACCAGGCCAAGGAUUGUGCGCACCGUCAGGAUGGCGUUUGCUGGGACAAAUAUUAGUUUGUCCCAGCCGGAUAUAAUGCAAAAACUGACGGAGCGCAUAGACGAACUGAAGCAAAGAAUCGCUGCUUGGGGAAAGCGGAUUCGGGGAUAUACCGAGAGGUCGACACGGUUCAACCAGAAUCGUCUCUUCGAGAGUGAUCAGAAGAGGCUCUAUAAAUCAUUGGAGCGACCAAUAGUAAGUGGAACGGGCCCAGCACCAAAUCGGGCUAACACGGUCGCAUUCCGGCGUAGCCUGUGGUCAGAGCCCGUAAACCACAGCGAGGGCCCUUGCACGGAAGUUGUGGCGUAG